AUGGUUAAUUCUAAUGCUGGAUCUGCUUGUUGUAAACAGAUUGCGCUCGAAACGCCACAAAUAGUUAGAUGUAAAAAUUUCCAUGAUGUCUCAAAUGCCAAUGUUAUCAAGUCAAAAGUUGACAGAUCUAGCAAGGAAUUUCAGGUAAAAAUAUUUUGAAUAUUUUAUAUUAUGCUAUAUUAUUAUCAUUCGGUUUGUGCAUAUGUUUAUAUAUGUUGUAGGAAAAUAAGGUCAGUAUGGUGGACAUGUUAAUAAGGAGCAUUUUGUUUUAGCUGGGUACAUUAAAUUACACACUGCAAUUUGUUUGGUCAAUUGAAAAAUAAAUUACACCAACUGGUCCAACCCUUCCAGUGGGCAUUCCAUGCACUCCAUGCCGGAUAUAUCCGGCGUGAGGUUACAACAUUGUUGGCGUAAUGGCGUGAGAUCACUCAAAAACAAGUGAUUAGUUUGAGCGUGAUUUCAUGGCCACAUGUAAAUUGACAGUAUAACUACACGAAUAUGAUGUUGACAUGCAGUACAUAUUAGGCCAAAUAAAAAAAAUACUUGGUUAGCGUCACACUCUCACAAAUUUUCAGAGGCGGGCGGGCGGAUUUUUUUUUUAAUUUUUACUCGUUUUUUAAUUUUUUAAUAGUAUUUUUGGAGGGGAUAGGGGGCGGUUUUUCCACCAUAUCGGUGAUAUUUUUUGUACUGAUGUUGCGAAGGCCGCCAUUUUGCUUUAAGAACCUUGUAUACCCAAGCCUACGCACUCCUAUCGAUCAGUAUAUAGUGCGAAGGUCUGAGCAUGAGAAAAAUUUCAAAUAUUAAACUGUUUUAAGCUGUAAAACGAAGAGAUUUACAUAAAAAAAAUAAAUAAAAAAAUUCAGAGACGGCAGAAAAUCGAGAGGCGGGCGGUGACCUAACCAAGUAUUUUUUUUUAUUUGGCCUUAAAAACACACCAUGUUAGGUAUUUUGAAAACAUGGAUUUAAGUCCCCAAAAUUGAAAAUCUCCAAUGUAUUGGCGUAAAGGAUCGUACAUGUUGGCGUAUCUCCGGCGUAGAGGUUACUUGGAAUGCACCCUGGCAACCCUUGUUAUAUGACAUCAACUGAAAAUAUUUAUCAAUAACAUGUAGUAAAUCUGACGUAAUGAAUAUUGCCGUAACUUGGAGAGAAAUGUAACUCUGAUGUGAAUAACUAGGUGGUGAUGAAAAUGCAAGAACUAGACACACAUCAAGAGGGUGACGGUCAAGAAACAUAUUCGAGCUCAAGAAAUUGCUAAACAAAAUAAUCUUCCUUGUAUAUACUUAGGUGUGUCAAUUGAAUUUAUUGCUUUAUUUUAACAAUCCUAAAAAUAUGAACCUAUCUUUUUCACAGUUUCCAAAAGUUGGCUUUUUACCAUUGCAACAUGAAGUAUUUCCAGAUAAAUAUCAUUUUGGAAGAAUAUUUUAUAAUCAAGCAAGAAUGUCGUCCAUGGGAAUACCACAGGUCAGGGAUGAACUUUGUUAUUUAACUUUGUCUUACAUCAGUGAAGAAAUUGUUCCUGCAGCAGAUCCUGCCCACGUCCAUUGUUCUGACAUCAACUGUAUUUUAUUUAUUAUUUUGCUCUCAUACUUAGAUUGCAGUGGUGCUAGGUUCAUGUACGCGGGAGGAGCUAUGUUCCUGCAAUGGCAGAUGAAAGUAUUAUUGUCAAGAAUCAGGGAACAAUAUUUCUUGCUGGACCGCCAUUGGUAAGAUAAAAGACUUUCCCAGUGCAUGCUGAACUUGAAGCCAGGAGAAUUAUCCUAUUGUGAAAUUUAUGCAUGAUACUACACAACUUCAUUCCUGGCUGAGCUUAGUGCAGAGCGCCCUUUUGUCAUCCAUUUCCGACCAGUUCAUCACAUGAAUUUUAACCAUUUUUUAAUCAACACUAUUUCAGGUGCAAGCAGCCACUGGUGAAGUUGUCUCAUCUGAAGAACUUGGUGGGGCUGAUUUGCAUUGUGGGUAAGAUGAAGCGGAGACAAGUUCCUUGGCUGCUGAUAUUUUUAUAUUGAAUUUUAUAACAAUUGUUACACCUAAUUUGAAAGUUGAGAAUUAUUUUGUAGUACGUCUGGUGUGACAGAUCAUUAUGCAGUAGACGACACGCAUGCACUACAUAUAGCAAGACAGGCUGUCAGGAAUUUAAAUCGAUCAAAGAGAUUAACAGUAUGUUUGUUUUGUUGAUGAAUAAACUGUUCUACUCACUAUUAAUGCUAAAAAGUGUCCUCUUGUUGAGUGAAAUAAUCUGUUAAAAUAUUGCAUUGUGGCUGAAUUAAAGUCUUUACUUAUUAGACAACAAUAGAAGCAAGUGACGAACCUCUAUACCCAGCUAAUGAUAUUUAUGGUAUUGUUGGAGAUAAUCUGAAGAAAUCUUAUGAUAUAAGACAAGUAGGAGACGUUUGAUUCAAUAUAUAUUUUACAACCAAGUUCUUUUUAACCUCGUACAGUAGUGGUAAUGAAGAUGUACAAUGAAAUAUUUCAGGUAAUAGCGCGUAUAGUUGAUGGCAGUAGGUUUGAUGAAUUUAAAGAAAUGUAUGGUACCACAUUAGUUACAGGUCAGUAUUUGGAUAUUUGAUGUUUUAUUUCAUUGUAAUCUGUGGUGAAUCUUAAAUAUGUCCCGUGCUAUGAACGGAUGGGAGGCAACUCUCGAUUAAAAUAUUGAAUUCUUUCUGGACAGGUUUCGCCCGAAUCCACGGCUACCCAGUUGGUAUACUUGGGAAUAAUGGCGUGUUGUUUUCUGAAUCUGCUCUCAAAGGAACACAUUUUAUAGAAUUAUGUUGUCAACGAAACAUACCGCUUAUCUUCUUGCAGAAUAUUACCGGUAGGCGGUAGGUUGCGUUGCACUUGAUGACACCUCCAAUCUUAAAAAGUUAGUUUAGUUUAGGUUUCCUGCUGUAGUAACACAGGUUCACGUUCUUGGACCUCUGGGAAAAGCAGUUUAAAAGUGAUAGAGCUAUCCAGUAUAACACCAAGAUUACACCAACAGGCAACACAGAAAAAAUUCAGUAUAAAUAGUUGAGUGCUAUGUUCUGUGUUGCAGGCUUCAUGGUAGGUCGUGAGUUUGAAGCUGGAGGUAUUGCUAAGAAUGGAGCUAAGAUGGUCACCGCUGUGUCUUGUGCUAAGGUUCCCAAAUUCACCGUGAUUCUUGGAGGCAGUUUUGGCGCUGGCAAUUAUGGCAUGUGUGGACGAGCAUACAGGUGGGAAGCUUCAUUUAGUAACCAGAGAAACUAUAUCACCCAGGGAAACCAGAGAAACUAUAUCACCCAGGAACCACUACCCAGGGAAACCAGAGAAACCACCGCCCAGCGAAUCAGAAACAUUGUUAAGCCAGUUUUGUUCGCGAAAGCGACUUUUCCUGUUCGCAUCGCUUAUCGGGAACAUCAGCCUGUUCCUUGCUUUCUAGCUUUCCUCAGACUUUCAUAAUUAGUUGUGGUUUGUAAUCAACGACGAUUAAAUAUUUUUCAGUCCGCGGUUCCUGUACAUGUGGCCAAACGCGAGGAUCUCAGUGAUGGGUGGAGAACAAGCUGCCACUGUGCUGGCGACCAUCACUAAGGGACAAAAAGAACGGGAAGGAAAAGAGGUAGGUAUCUCACUACUGCCCCGCAAGAAACGACAUCUUAAUUUAGUAAAAAUGCUGUGCUGAGUGGUUAUAUUACUACCGUAAAAAACAAGCAGAAACUCGACGUUUCGAGCGAAGGCCCUUCGUCAAGAGUUAGUGCCUCGCAAGAAACGACAUCUUUCUGAAAUGAUCUCCAUUCUUAGUUUACUGCUGAAGAAGAGGCUGCUUUGAAAGCUCCAAUAUUAAAAAGAUUUGAGAAAGAAGGCCAUCCAUAUUUCUCGAGUGCGAGGUACGUUUUUCUGCGGAACAGAAAUGAUAGGAACAUGACAGGGUUGUCCUUCUUGUUGUCUGGGGUGUUGUCCGUGGUUGCCCGUGUUUGUUGUCCGAUGUUUAGUCCAAUAUUUAUCGUGUUAUCAUUCUCUAGGAUCUGGGAUGAUGGCGUUAUUGAUCCAGCUGACACGAGGUCAGUGCUUGGUUUAAGUCUGAGUGCGGCUUUGAACGCCCCUGUGGAACAAACAUCUUUUGGAGUAUUCAGAAUGUAGCAAUAUAUAAUAGCCAAAUAUUUAAUACAAAUCAAAGAUAUUUAAUAUCAUGCAUAUUAACAAUACUGUAUACUACUACUGUGUCUUGAUUGGUGCUGUUAUUUCAUAUCUCCGAAUACUUUCCCGAAAUGACUCAUCAUCAUGAUUUUUUCUGUGUUGGUGUAAUGUACUCAGGUGAAUAUGAUGUUUGUGAUGUUACUCUGAGUGUAUAUCCACACCAGGCAAGUUUGAAAAAUAUGCCUGACCACGGUGGGAAUCGAACCUACGACCUUUGGAAUACUAGCCCAAUGCUCUGCCAACUGAGCUACGCGGUCUGGUCGGUUCGAGUAUGUGAUAUUUCGGAACAGAAUCUAGUUCCUUCUAUAUCAAUGACUCAUAGCAGAGUGCACGCAGUAUCUUCAAUAUUUUUAUCAAAGAUGAGAUUCUUUUGUGAAAAUGCCCUCCAUGUGCACUGAACUGUAGUGAAAGCCAUCUUUCGUAAAAUUCCGCUAAAUAACAACCAAUUAGAAAAUUAAUAAAGAAUUAAUGAUGGUUAAUUAUUAACUCUCCCCCCUGGAUGGUGACAUUUCAGUUGAUGUUGAUAGUAGGUAAGUGUCAAUAUCAGGGGGUGGGGUAAGAAAUUUAUUUUUUAAGAUCACCUCUGGAUCACAGAGGAGAGACAUACAGAGUUGUAACUAGUGUACCCACUUUUUUUGUGCACAUGCUCGGCAAGUUACUAGAUGCAUGCAUCUGAUAGGAUGACGACUAAACUUGCUGAGCACGCACAGUUGAUCAUUUUUUGUCCGGUCGCCUGAAAAAAGUGGGUACAUGUUUACGACUGUCGGUUACGGUUCUGUAUGUCUCUACUCUGUGCCUGGAUGGUGGGAUUUUGUGGAUGUCGAUAGAUGGUGAGUGUAAAUAUAAUUGGGGGGGGGUUUGAAGGGUCUGGAAAAGUCCACCAUCACAGAAAACAACAAAAGUUAAAUUUUGCUCCAAUUUCCAGGAACAGGAAGCAAUGUAUUGGUCGAAUGAAAAAAUACAUUGGUGAUCUUUGCUUAGUAACAGGAGUACCAGAGGAAGCCAUCUUUCAUUACACUGUUGCGAUAGAUCUCCUUCGUUCAGUUGGUGAUGUAUUAUGGACAUCAGGGUCGUUAGAAGGUCUGUGUGCUGCCUCGUUACUGUGUCGAGCUGAACACAAGUUAACGUUACCUGAAAGACCAUCGUUACAAUUGGAUAUCAGUCAGUUGUCAACAGCAGGUCCUGUCUGGCUCUAUCAGUUCUAAAAUGUUCUUCCUAGAGGUCCAGUAAGGAUCAUCUCUUAUUGAUCCAGUGUUACUACAGGUAAGGAGGAAACCUAAACUAAACUAACUUAGUUUAUUUAUACUGGAUAGCUCUAUCAGUUCUAAACUGUUCUUCCAAGAGGUCGAGUAAGGAUCGUCUCUUAUUGAUCCAGUGUUACUACAGGAGGAAACCUAAACUAAACUAACUUUAUUUAUACUGGAUAGCUCUAUCAUUUCCAAGUGUCCACUGUAAAAGCCAUUCCUUAUUGGUGCAGUGUUACUGCAGAAGGAAAUUUCUACUAAAUGACAUCAUGUAUUGAGAAGAUUGUUUGUAUUUCAGAGAGAUGAAGGUGAAUGUUCUUGCAAGUCAUCUCAGACCUAUAUCAGUCCAUCAAGUCCUUCUCCUGUCAAAACACCUUUCAUCUUCUCAACUUUGAACAAAGGACCACGAAGAAAGAAGAAGGUGAACCCUGGUGAGGAGCUAGGACCUAACUAGUGCUAGUCUAAGCCAUUGAGCACCAGCGCUCUCCCCUGGACGAGUAAAAUUGUCUGGCAUUGACAGAGUAAAAUAAUAAAGUAGGGCGCAUUUGUGACUCAGCUCUGUGGGUAUGCCUUGUCCCUUUUGGGUAAAAUAUAAUGGGUUAAUAAAUUUUUAUAUAUAAAAAGGGAUAUGUUGGUGUGUAGCGUACUUUAUAAAAUUUAAACACAUCUGUUCACUGAAUGUUUUAGUCGUCAGAUGGGUUGAAGGAGAUGUGGGUGAAGUUGCAAUGCAGGUUUUCAAUCCAAUGCCAUUUGACAUCAAGAUAAGUAAAAUGGUAAUUUCUAGUGCUAUAUUGUUUUCUGGCUUCCUUCAUUCAUGCAAAUGCACAACCUGUCUCUGGUUGAUGUGAACAAGAUUUUGCUGCACACCUGUGAAGAUGUGAUCAACAACCUUGUUACAGAAUUGUUUACAUGUAACAACAUUGUUGACAAUUUGUUGACAAGGGUGCACCACAACCUUCUGCACCUCUGUUGAUCACAGUUGUCCAUUUAUUCAUGUGCAAUGGUGGACACUAGGAGGGGGGUAACUGCCCCCCCCCCCCCAAUAUUUCACAUCUACCACUUGUGUGUGGUGUCUACCACUGGUUUUAUGUAGUUCUUGUGGUAUUAAAUUGUGUUCUAAUUCUUAAAUUUUCUAUAUAAAGUUGUCCAUUUACACAUAUGCAAUGGUGGACACUAGGAGGAGGGGUAACUGCCCCCCCCCCCUAAUAUUUCAUGUCUACCACUUUGUGUGUGGUGUCUACCACUGGUUUUAUGUAGUUCUUUUGGUAUUAAAUUACGUUCUAAUUAUUAAAUUACGUUCUAAUUAUUAAAUUAUGUUCUAAUUAUUAAAUUAUGUUCUAAUUAUUAAAUUAUGUUCUAAUUAUUAAAUUAUGUUCUAAUUAUUAAAUUAUGUUCUAAUUAUUAAAUUAUGUUCAAAUUAUUAAAUUAUGUUCUAAUUAUUAAAUUACGUUCUAAUUAUUAAAUUAUGUUCUAAUUAUUAAAUUAUGUUCUAAUUAUUAAAUUAUGUUCUAAUUAUUAAAUUACGUUCUAAUUAUUAAAUUAUGUUCUAAUUAUUAAAUUAUGUUCUAAUUAUUAAAUUAUGUUCUAAUUAUUAAAUUAUGUUCUAAUUAUUAAAUUAUGUUCUAAUUAUUAAAUUACGUUCUAAUUAUUAAAUUAUGUUCUAAUUAUUAAAUUAUGUUCUAAUUAUUAAAUUAUGUUCUAAUUAUUAAAUUAUGUUCUAAUUAUUAAAUUAUGUUCUAAUUAUUAAAUUAUGUUCUAAUUAUUAAAUUACGUUCUAAUUAUUAAAUUACGUUUUAAUUAUUAAAUUAUGUUCUAAUUAUUAAAUUAUGUUCUAAUUAUUAAAUUAUGUUCUAAUUAUUAAAUUACGUUCUAAUUAUUAAAUUAUGUUCUAAUUAUUAAAUUAUAUUAUAAUUAUUAAAUUAUGUUAUAAUUAUUAAAUUUUCUAUAGACAUUGAUGACAGAGGUCUCCCAUUUCAAGCCUUUCCCUCGUGUCUUGCGCUAUCCAAUGACAACAUGUCACAUCCAUUCAUGCUCCUUGGUAUCCCUGAAGGUCCAGGACAACUGGCUAUUACAGGCACGUACUGCUUCAGAUUUCAAGAGGAUUUGUAAACUGGUGAUCUGAACAUUGUAUGUUUGUUUUUUCAGGUUAUUCAGUGGAAUUAUUUGGCAUCCAAAGUAAUUGUCCAGUCACAGAGACCAUUCUAGACAAACAGUUUAGUCUUCCGUUGCUAGUGAACGUCACACCCAGACUACCCUUGCUGCAGUUCCAGUCUGGUAUCAAUGAGGUCAAAUCAUUUGUGAACAGUAGUCAUAGAGGAUCAUCCUUGACUCUUGAAGUGAAACUCCACAGAGGACAGAGGUAGACACUUUAUUGUUGAGUCCAGUGUAGGAACAAUAUUCAUAAGCUUGGGUCUCAUUGCCUGAAAAUAUAGAAAAUACUGGCAUCCUUUGUCUGCAAGUUUGCAAAGAUAAGAUAAUAGUCCCUUACAGCGUUAUACUUUGAUUGUUCGGUUCCAUUGUGGGUAGUGGCUGACAAUAUUCACGGGGUUCAUUGAAGGACCUAACGACAUGAAAAUUAUAAAAAAUAUAUUUCUACCUUUCAAGCAAACACCCUUCUGCGCGCCGGAGCUGCGCGCGAAUUCAUUUGUGUCCUUUUGUGGUAUGAACGCGUUUAGAAUUUCCAUUUCAUUUUUGUUCGAAAUAUACACAAACACAUUGUCAUGUUCACAUCACGCGUCUUAACUAGCUGAAUGCUUACCCAAGGUUACUUUUUUAACUUAUUGAAAAUUUGUUCAAAUUUUCCAGCAUAUCUGGUCCUAUCGUGGUUGAAAAUGUUGGUACAAUUCCUGUGGAAAAUGUCACAAUCACACUUCUCAGCACUUUUAAAACUGGUAAGACUUCAACACAAUUUCACGCAUAUGAACCUCCGAUGACAAUGGGAACGUUUCCAUUGGUUCGAGGCAUCUCUUGUCCUCACGUUUAAAAACAAUGGAAGAUGUAAACUUUAUAUUAACUUUCUUGAUGUAGAUAAAAUCAACUUGGUGACAUUAGAUCAAGACCACGUGACUCAAUCGUUGCCACUUCUGCCAGUAGCAAACAGCCACUUUAACCUGAGAUUUGAUGGUCUGUUGCCUGAGUCGUUACAAGAUGGCGGCACUCUCAACUGGUCUGGGAAACUAAAGGUCUCCUAUAGUGGAGGGGAAGCCUGGAAACUAGGAAUGAGUCGUCAAGCUGCAGUAGAUAUCAGAAUUGAAGUCAUCCCUAGUCUACACGCGACCGACUACAGUGUUGUCUCUGUUGAGAAAGGGUAGGUCCUGCAGACAUAGUGUUGUUCAUUGAACCAUGCGUGUUUGACUAAACACUAUUACACAUCUUAACAUUGACGUUUACAGCAGACCGCAAACUUCAAAAGUUCUACAAGUUUUCGACAGCUCAGUAGCUCGUUCAUGCAUCAGUUUGAAUUCACAAAUUGCUCUAACUUCGAACAGCUAACAAGUUGACUUCGGUCUGUCAUGAACGUCAAUCUUAACGUCUCGCUGUGCAGCUGAUGGUCGCCAUCCUGUAGUUUUUCAGAUUGAGAACUAAAUAAUGUUUAUAAUAGAAACAAAUAGAAUUGAUGUAGUUUAAUGUCUUACUCCAAUAAAUGUCAACGUUUCUGGAAUAGACCAACAUCUGAUGCGCUGUAUAGUAGCGCUCACGGAAACCUACCAACUGAAGUAAAAUUUUUUUUAGCGACGGUGAACAUUUUGAAAUAUGCAUGGAUGUCAUUAAUCAGACUAAUUAUGAUGUGGAAUGGAGAUUUCAAAUGAACACAGGUAGAGUAACUAACAGUGGCCCAACAAUAAUCAAGAGAGAAUCCAGCAUAUUUAUAAAUAUUUUUUUGUUAGGCGUGGCAUAUCCCGAUGAAAGUAAUAUUCUGCCAGCUGGUCAGUCAAUCAGGUCAGUAUUACUUGUGAGACAAAAUCAGAUUUUUUUCUGAAGAAAACAGAUUUUCACCAUGCAUGAAUAUCAAUUAAUACGUUCGUGAUAUCUGUUUUAGGACGACAAUGGAAUUAGAAAAUUUUGACUUAUCUGGCUCUGAUUCGAAGGUAAUUAUUUAACUUGGUUUUUCUUGAUUAUUUACUUAUGUUUAUUUUAUUUAUUCAUUGUGAUUGAUUUAGGGAACAGAGUGUGACGUAUGCACUGAGAAACUUCUGGAUCUGGUCAAGUUACGUUUUGAAAUUAUAUCCUUUAAAAUUCGUAAUUCGUUGUUUUACACGCCGAUGUGGAAAACACUCGAGACAGAUUUAGCUGACAAUGUUAGCGUGGUUAAAUAAAGUCCAUUGUCGUCGUCAUCAUCUUUAGUUUUUAUUUAAUAAUUAAAAAAAACAAAAUGUUUCUACAUAUUAAAAGUAUGGUGAAUGUGUGGUCAACAGGACAUGGUUCCCAAGGGAAUACCAACCUUGCAAAAGUUAGAGAAAGACACGGACAAUAUUUAAUUAUAUUAUUAUCUUUACUCUUGGUGUUAUACAGAAUUGAUUUCUUGAAGACGGUUUCAUAGGCAGAAAUAAAACUUCAAAUAUUUGGAGUUUUAAAUCUUGAUGGUUUGCAGAUGACUCAAGAAAUGACGAAUAUUGUGAGAAGAACUCAGUUGACUAUUGGUUAGAAUAUUUCAUAAUAGACAUCAGAUUUUCAACAUAUUGAGCUAUAUUUCAUUUUCUCUCGUGCAGUAUUAAAACAGAACAUGUCCUAAUUCACUGGAAACUUGUUUCUUUAAAAUAGAAUUAUCAGUGAAUGGAGUUGAAACAAAGAAAGGAGAUACCGUUCCUAGUACGGCGUCAAAACCAGUCUUCCUCACUAUGACAGUUUAUAACUCAAGUG